AGUGCGCGUGCCAUUUCAGAUUUGCACGAGGUAAACGAAAGAGGUUAAUAAUAAUAAAUAUGGGAACCAGAAUAUAUAUUGGAAGGUUGUCAUAUCACGCAAGGGAGAAAGAUGUUGAAAGAUUUUUCAGGUCUUAUGGAAGAAUUCGGGAUGUAAUGCUUAAAAAUGGAUACGGUUUUGUGGAAUUUGAAGAUCAUAGAGAUGCUGAUGAUGCUGUUUAUGAACUGAACGGAAAGGAGUUGUGUGGAGAAAGGGUGACACUAGAGCAUGCUAGAGGUGUGAGAGGGGAACAACAACACCGGGACAGCUACAGUAGGGACAACCGCAGAGGGGGAUAUUCAAGAGGUAGAGGUGGAAGGGGAGGAUAUGCUGACAGAGCACGUUAUGCUGAACGUAUACAAAAUAGAAAUGAAAAAUAUGGUCCACCUACAAGAACUGAGAAUAGAGUUAUCGUUGAAAAUUUAUCAUCAAGAGUGAGCUGGCAGGAUCUGAAAGAUUAUAUGAGACAAGCUGGUGAAGUAACUUAUGCUGAUGCUCACAAGAAACAUAAAAAUGAAGGAAUUGUGGAAUUUGCUUCCUCAACAGAUAUGCGUAAUGCUAUUGAGAAAUUGGAUGGUACAGAAAUAAAUGGCAGAAAGAUACGAAUUAUAGAAGACAGACCAAAGAGAAGAAGCAGGAGCAGGAGUCGUAGCCGAUCUCGGUCUAGAAGAAGUCGCUCGCGCAGUCGAUCCCGGUCUAGGAGUCGUUCAAGGAGCAGAAGCAGGAGUCAUAGUAAAUCCAGAAGCAGAAGUGGGAGUAGAAAUGGCAAAAGAGAUUCAAGAUCGCAUUCAAAAAGCCCACCUAGGGAAAAGUCUAAAUCAAGAUCACGAUCUAGAUCACGUUCUUAUUCACGUUCCAAGUCUAGAACUCCUGCUAAAACAAACGGUGAAGAAAAUGCUACUAUUCAUGAACAAGAUGAUUAAAUUUUAUGUUUUUAAAUAUAUUAAUAUACACAUUAUACAAUAUGUGGAUAAAAUAAGUUACUACUUGUACAUAAAUUGUGCCACAUGUAAUGAAACUAGACAUUUGCUUACAUUGAAAACCUAAGCAAUUGGUAGUGAAUUUAAUAUUGUAUGAGUAAAUGGUUGCUGGUGCAAUCUGUUAUGUUAAAACUAAUUUUGAAUGUAUAUACUAAACAUCCCCAUUGUCACCAUUUCACUUUUAUGUAAAUAAAAUCAUAUGAAAUACUUA